AGAGUUGGGUUUGGAGGAUCAUGGCUUCCACACUGAUGCUCCUGCUUCAGCUGCUCCUGGUCUCACUGGUGUCAGCUUCUCAUUACUUUGGGGGAACCACGACCUACACCUACAAAGGAAGAAACCCUGAUGGCUCAUUUAAGGUGGAAAUUCGGGACAGAGACACCUAUGAUGGAUGUUACUACUCCCUCUACUGGUAUUGUUCCAGUGGAUACUGUGGCUACACCUCCACAAGUCAGAGAGGCAUACUGGACAGGAGCACCAAUGCUCCACAGUACAAUGGACAAUGGUGUGAAGCUGAAACUGUCACCACGCGGGUCGUCCCGAGCAACAGACCUUUUGAAAUGCGGGCAGCGAGCUGCUGCUGGAUCCCCACACGUAGCUAUUACUGGGGCCAUUCAUGGUACUUGAACACUCUUGUGGAUUUGGGAGAAAGAUCUGACACUGGAGAACCAAACAGAUCACCAGAAAUUGCCAUCCUACCUUUCCUCAGAGUUCCUGAAAACUGCCCACGGACUUACAAGCUGAUGUCAUUUGAUCCUGAUGGAGACAAAGUCAGAUGCCGAUAUGGAAAUCCAGGAAGUGCGGAGUGCGCCGAAUGCACCCAACAUUCAGGCUUCCACUUAGACCAGGACUCCUGCACGUUACACUACCAAUACACUAAUGCUGACCCCAGGGUGAAUUCAUUUGAGUUGGUGGUGGAGGAUUUCCCACAAGGACACAUCAGUCUGAGCUACUCUGAUGGAUCCCAGUCCUCCAGGUCUCCUCUGUCUGCAAGACGGAAACGAUGGGUCGCAUAUCCAACAACUACAUACCCCCCCACUACCACAUCAUGGUGGUGGUGGACAACUACAACAGCCGCACCCACUACAACUACAACUGCCCCCACUACCACAUCAUGGUGGUGGUGGACAACUACAACAGCCGCACCCACCACAACUACAACUGCCCCCACUACCACAUCAUGGUGGUGGUGGACAACUACAACAGCCGCACCCACUACAACUACAACUGCCCCCACUACCACAUCAUGGUGGUGGUGGACAACUACAGCAGCUCCUACUACAGCUGCACCAUGGUGGUGGUGGUGGGGGUCAACUACAGCCGCUCCCACUACAACUACAGCCGCUCCCACUACAACUACAGCCGCACCCACUACAACUACAACUGCACCCACUACAACUACAGCUGCUCCCACUACCACAUCAUGGUGGUGGUGGACAACUACAGCUGCUCCUACUACAGCUGCACCAUGGUGGUGGUGGUGGGGGUCAACUACAGCCGCUCCCACUACAACUACAGCCGCUCCCACUACAUCUACAGCUGCACCAUGGUGGUGGUCUACGGGGAGUCCGCUGCAGGCGACCUCUCCUCCCCUCAGUAAACUACCUUUGCAGUUCUCUUUCCUUGUGGAUCCACCUGCUCCUUCAUGCCAGGAGGGACUAUACUUGCCCCAGUUUGUGCACCCAACACCUGCACACGGACAGCGCAUUCACGCAGAGGUCAACAAAGAGGUGGAGAUCAGAAUCAAAGCACAGGCUUCAUAUGCAGCAAUACAAGAUAUCAUCAUGAGUGGGCCAAUGAAUAUGACCAAGCACAGAACCGCACAUAAUGAGUUUGUGCUUCGGUGGACGCCGUUCUCCAGCGAUCUGGGGGAUUAUUUCCCAGUGUGCUUUGCUGUUGAAUCGGCGACAGGGUCAGCAGUGACCAGUUUUCCAGGCAAUACCCACUCUCAUUACCACGGCACCCCGAGUUCACAGUCCGGCGUCUAUCAGUCCGAGAUGAGGUGUGUCGUCUUAAAAGUAGGAACAGAGGAAAUUAAAACCAAGGUGACCUGCUCUGAGUCUGAAAUGAGAGUAGAGGUGGAGAAAUCAUCCCUCCGUGGACUCCGUGAGGAUCAGCUGCGUCUCAGUGAGCCCAGCAACACCCUCUGCAGCCUGGAGAGAUACUCCAACAGCACUCACAUCAUCGGCGUCAUCCCUCUCAACGCCUGUGGCACUCAGAUCGAGGAAGACGAGGAACAUCUCAUUUUCAAGAAUGAAAUCACCACAGUGGAUGACAGCAGUGCUCUGAUCACCAGGAAGCAUAACCUGGAAGUAGAGUUCUACUGUCAGUAUCCCAAAAAGGGGAACGUGUCACUGGGCUUCACGGCACACAGGAAGAAUGUGGAAGUGUUUGAUAAAGGCUUCGGCACGUUCACCUACCAGUUUGAGUUUUACCCCGACAACCAGUUCAGAAGCAUCAUUGAUCCGAGUUCGUACCCUCUGGAGUACGACGUAGGGCAGAAGAUUUACAUGGAGAUAGACGCGUCCUCCAUAGUCAACGGCACCGAGAUGUUUGUGGAGUCCUGCAGAGCCUCACCGUACGACAACCCCAAUUACCAACCAACCUACUCCAUCAUUGAAGACGGGUGCCCCGUGGACCCAACUGUGAUGAUCCAUGAGACCGACAACAAGAGACAGUUUAGAUUCUGCAUCGAGGCCUUCAAGUUCAUCGGUUUGCACGAUCAGGUAUACAUCAGCUGUUCAGUAAUGAUGUGUGAAGCAGGGAAUCCCGACAGCAGGUGCUCACAGGGAUGCAUCAACUCCACAUCAAACAAUCACCACCACCGCCGAAAGAGGGACUCUGCCAUCCAGACUGCAACGCACUUCGUUUCCCAGGGUCCUCUGCGCUUGAAGAGGUCAGCCGACAUCAGCAUGAGUGCAGGGAACAACCUGAACCUGAACCUGAACCUGGUCUUCAUCGCUGGAUGUCUUCUUGCUGCUGUUGCCAUGAUCUGUGGAGUGCUCCUGUACAGGGCCAAAAUGUCAAAGGUCAAAUACCAGCGUUUGGCCUUGAGUGACAGUUAAGACAGCUGUGUAAUCAGAAUACCAGUUCCUGCAUUACUUUUGAACGAACCAAAUUUUGCUGUCAGGGUUUCGGGGGUUGUGUAUAAUGUUUAAAUGACUGAUGAAUUUAAUUCUUUCUAAUUCAGCUUUGUGUAGUGCAAAUUCACAACAACAGUUACCUCAGUUAGCUUUAUAAUGUAGGGCACAGUCCCAGCUGUUACAGCUGUAUUUGUGUUUGCGAGCUUUAAGAGCGAACAGAAAUUCCAUCACUGCAGAUGAAAAACAAGACUUUGAAUGAUGAAUCUUUUGAUUGUUGUUCAGUCAUGUAGCUUUACAGCAGCUUUUCUUUUUAUAUGUUAGAGUGUGAUUUACAGAAAGUGUGAAAGUUAAUGUGUGCUCCUCUAUAAUCAUUUGUGUGCACAUGUGAAUAAAUUUGAGACCAACAUUAAAGCGGUUAUUAUACACUUUCCUUCAAUAAAAAUCAAUAAAGGCACUCUGGUUACCAGGCAACCUGAAAUGCUCCAGAAGCCGUUUUUUGUGGCUCCCGCCCUGACAUGUAAAAUGAGGAAAACACUGCAUGUAUGUUAAAAAGUAUAGUGUGUUGCGUUUAUGAAAUUAAUGAGCUGUUGCAGAGAAAACUACAAUUUUCUGUGUGCAAUAAAAACAAAAAGUUGAAGGUUGCGUUCAAAUAAAACACUCACAUGUA